ACAUUGCAAAUGUACCUCAAAUUAAUCUUGCAUUAAAUGUAAGGUCUAUUUCAUAUAUAUUUCAAUCAUUUUUCAUGAGAAUAUUUUAUAAUUACGUGUAUGAUAUGGUGUUCCUCAAGUCGAUAUUUAUAAUUACAAAUUCAAAAAUAACUGGUGUUCUCUUCGAAUAUUAGCUAAAUCACAAGUUUACAUCAAUCAUUGACCUUUUAUGUCUAAUCUUGGGAACCAGCUAGUACAGGAACCAAUAUAUACAGAAGCCAAUAAGUGCCAGGAAAAAGAAUUGUUUAACUGGCGGACGCCUCCUGAUUUAUAUGGUGGAGGCUUCUUGAUUUAACUGAUGGACGCCUCUUGAUUUAUCUGGCAGCCACCUCUUGAUUUAUCUGCAGGCAGCCGCCACUUGCAGAGAUAUGUCCUGAGAUGCCCCAGACUCGGGUGCGCAGGUAAGCGGAAUGGAAAAGAAACAGGCCCUGCAGAGUUUCGUCGACAGUACGGGGCUGGAGCCGGAUAUUGCAGCCAAUAUUUUAUCUGAGGUGAACUGGGAUGUGAGGCGGGGUCUUUUGAGGUUUGAGGAAUACAUCAGAAUGGGACGGAUUAAGCCUGAAUAUCCCCCUCCCCAGGUGUCAGUAGGGAGGGUAGGUCCCUCCCACAGGCCCCCAGGGAGGUCAGUCCAACCAGGUACGCAGUGGGCAGACCCGUAUGGGGAGGUCAGAAAUCCCCCCAUGGAACGCGUCAUCCCAAUUGAACGGAUGCCAGACAAAGGUCACAGUGUGGUUAUUCCUGUGAAUUCGUCACAACAUACAGUUCAGCACCACUCAAUGUUGAACCCUCGCCUUUCUGCUCCUCCUGAAGUGGCUUCCAAAUCUCUGGCUCACUCGAGGCUUACUGGUCCUCCUCCCAUUAGUGCUAACCCCCCAGGGCCCAACUUAAUGGGACACCAUCCAAGGUCUUCUGGUCCUCAGCAACUAGUUAAUAAUAAACCCACCGUGGGCUCAUCACAGCUGGGCUGUACCAAGUCAAAUACUUACAUACAAAAUUGUAGUACGUCCACCACUCAGCCCCAGAGUGGUACUAAUUCAGGUACUCCGGCACUAGUAGGUGUAAAGACAUACAGUCCCGAAGAUACGAGGCCCUCCGUCAUAUCAGGCAGCAACAGAGAACCAGUCAAGACUACCAGCACAGCCAAGUCUAACACAAUUUCUACAAACAAGAAGCCAGUUGCACCUUCACAGCCAACCACCCUACAAACAGUUAGAUCCACACCUGUGAGUGGCCAGACUGCUCCAACAGUUACAAAUCCAACCAAAAAGUCACCACCAAUUGACACAAAGACAAUGACACCUUCUCCAACAGCUUCUCCCCGACCUCUGAAGCGAGGAUUCUCUAAGAUUGUGGAGAAUGAGUCUCUGGUGAACAUGGCCAGGCAGGGACUGAUGGAUGACAUCACAGAGGACAGCCAUGACCACAUGUUUGUGCAGACCUUUAUCCUGCCGGACCUGACGGUCUUCUCAGCAGACUACCGAGCCUUUCUAGAGAAAGACUUAAUAGAAACUUCAACCUUGGUGUCCCUGGAACAAGCUGGUCGCCUUAAUUGGUGGGCUGAGAUGGGAAUCUGUCAGCGACUGUUGCCAAUGGCAACCACGGGGGACGGGAACUGUCUUCUACAUGCCGCUUCUCUUGCAAUGUGGGGUAUCCAUGAUCGUCAGUUGAUGUUGAGGAGAGAACUCCAUGAGACUCUGACGGGGAAGUCGUACCGACACGCCCUGUACCGGAGGUGGCGCUGGCAGCAGACUGCCCAAAACAGAGAGGCUAGUCUGAUAUUCUCGGAGGAGGAGUGGCAGACAGAAUGGAACAGUGUUCUGAAAUUAGCCUCCACUCAGCCUCGUAUAUUACCGGGAGUACGACGGAACAGCAGCUGUUGUGACAGUCCAAUCACCAACUCCAGCGAGGAUGAAAAUUCCCCUGUGGUUUACGAGAGUCUGGAGGAGUUCCAUGUGUUUGUUUUGUCCCACAUCUUACAACGAGUCAUUAUUGUUGUUGCUGAUAUCAUACUGAAGGAUUCGAUGGGCGAGGCCUUGGCCCCUAUACCAUUUGGAGGUAUUUAUCUGCCCUUGGAGUGUGACCCUAAGACGUGCUACAAAUCCCCCCUCCUGUUGACAUAUGAUGCGGCACAUUUCUCAGCUUUAGUUCCCAUGGAGACGGAGGACAAAGACUGUCUUCCCACUGCAAUCCCAUUGGUUGAUCCCGCCCUGAAGUUACUGCCUGUGCAUUUCUGUGUUGACCCCGGGCCUUCCUUUAACUGGGAAACAAACAGCAAUACUUCUGGAUCUCAAAUGAAAACUGCCUACAGUGAUGAGGACAAAAUUAACCUACUCAGUUCCUAUCUCCAAAUAGAACGUCUUCCUGCGACCCAUCUAGAUUACGACAGUGAUUGUGACAGAAAGAGCGGGGGCUCGUAUGAAUCAGACGAUAAUACGAAGAAAAGAGACAAGCAGGGCUCACAACAGCAAGUCAACAGCGUCACCAAACAGUUCGGGAGUCUGGGAAAAAGUAUCAAUAAGAAGAUCAAGAAGAACUUUGGCAGUGUUGGGAAAGCCUUAAAGAACAUGGGACCGGAGCAGAAGCUGAAUAAAAAAAGUUCGGUGGGUAGUGGGCUAACCCAGAGUACGCGUGUUCCCAUGACGAUAGCAGCAAUGGCUGAACAGGAGCAGUCACUGGUUCUCUGUGCUAAAGUUUCCACCCAGCAGACAGAAAUGCAUGGGGAGAUGAUAAAGAAUUACAUGUUGGACGCCAGACAUCGGUUCCAGCAGGACAGACAGAAGAUGCAGGCCAGAGGAGAGGAGAUCCGCCGACGAUCCAUGGAGAUGGAGCGGAACAAUGAAUGCAUCACUGUAGGCUGCAAGAUGUAUGGAAAUCCAGAAACUUAUUACAUGUGUUCCAAGUGUUUCAGUGACCACAAGCAAGAGGCAGUCAUGCAGGAAAAAUUAAAACAUCCUCAGAAAACGAAACUAGGUACCGUGGAGAGCUACGGGAAAUCAAAGUUUUAUAUACCAACAGACGAGGAAGACGGAUUACCACAAAACAAUAAAACAGUUACCUCAACCAAUCCCGUCCACAUCACCCCACAAACAGUCAAUCUCCAGGCCGAGAGAGCCCAGCCUGAGAGAGCCCAGCCCGAGAGAGCCCAGCCUCAAGUUAAGCCAAGGCCACAGUCCUAUAGCGUUGGGACAACAUUGAUUCCCAGCGCAGAUUCCAGAGAGAUGCGUCCAAUCUCUAAUCCAAUCAGAGUGCGCACGCCGUCACCAGAUUACGACAACGUGGAUUACUCACAUAGACUGAUUGAGAUCCCAGUAUCUGUUACUCCAGCAUCUCCACAAUCCAACAGACGACCCGUCUCGGAGUUUGUUCAACAACUUGAUCAGCCCAAAACGGGUAAGGCCUGUAGAACUUCAGGCUGCGAUUUCUAUGGAAGUCCGGAACAAAAUGAUUACUGUUCCGCGUGUUACAAGAGAAUGAAACAAAGACAACAACAACAACAACUCACGCGAGUCUGAUACUCUGUCAUUGUGCUCACCCAACUUCCAACUCGUACGUGUUUUAUACUCCAGCUGGUGUUCAGUGCUUUGUGAAUUUCAUGUGAUAAUUUAUUUCCCAUAAGUCACUGUAUUGUCGUGAUUUUCAUGCGAUAUUUUUAUUUCCUGUAAGCGACUGUUUCCACGGAAUUAUUAUUUGAAUAAUUUUGCUCGUACUUUUUUUGUGUAGUCUUUUGAUGUAUUUAUUUUGUAUUAUUUAUGUAAAUAAGUGUUGGAGUUUUAUAAUUUAUCUCUUAAGCAAUCUGAUUUCAGAUUUUUCUGUUGUACACAGUGUAGAUUUAGAGGAGUGAAAUCAUUGAAAUAGUUAUGUAUAGGGUAGCUUUCGUCAAUAACUUACCAAAAAGGACACACAGAGUGUAGACUUGGAAAUGAGCAAGCAAAAAAUUACAAUGUUGGUAGCCUUUGUUAUUUAUAGUUUUUUUUUAUGUGGAGUAAAUUGUUUUUGAAAACAUUCCAUCAAGAUGGAUAUCAAUUUUUCUUAAUCCUAAAUGAGGAUCUUUAAAUUAAGAGCAACAACAAGUUUAGAUUAAAGAUAUGGAAGGGUGGGGGUGUGGAUCUCUAACGACCUUUCAUGUGUACAUACACUUCAGUACAGAUAACAAGGUUAUGCACAGUACUACUUACAUUGUACACGGUGAAAUGCCCAGUUCGUGUACUAGUAUUGUUGGGUACACUGUAAUUGGAAUGUUAAGCAUCAUUUUAUCUUGUAAGCAAAAUUUCCUUUUGAGUAUGUUUGUGACAGGCUGUAAAACAAACAAAUAUCUCUCUGGGUGUUGUAUUUGUUUAUAACUGUCUUGUGUUUUUCUUGUGAUCUUACUGCUUGUAUGAAGCUGUGGCCACUACACAUUCUGAGAAGCAUUUACAAAGGGAGAUGACUGUUGUCAAACCUCUCUGUGGAGAAGAGGCUGUUGUCCCUAGUUUUGCUGUGCUUUGUAGCAGUUCGUGGAUAUGGGCUAUGCAACACACAUGCAUCGAAAAAUAUUUUGGGCUUGUUUGGGAUUUUUGUACAUCAGUUGAGCUAUAUGAUUUAUCCAAAUUUUGACAAAUCUUAGCUUUUUUUCCAAUUUUUUUUUUCUCUAUAGUUCUGAAUAAUGUCCAGAGUAAUAAAUUAACCAGAUUGGUGUUCUCUUAGUUCCUGUCUGAUGAUUAUUUUCCCAGAUAACUCUUACAAGCUGACAGCAUUCCGUAAGAAAUUCUAGAUGUAUUAACGUAGUGUAGGUUUGAAAGGAUAUGAGAAUUCUCAGGUAAAGACAGAUGAAUUGACUGUUAGAAGCCCGUGGGGUAGUAGAUUUACUUACUUGUAGUUACGUGUUGAUUAAGCGCAUGAGGUAGGUUAGAUAAAUGUACGUUCUUAAUUAUUUAUUUUUGUAAGGUACACUGUAUGUUUACAUCUAUUUUCAACUAGAAUACUGUUACAGUAUAAUUUUAUAGGAUGGUUCAUGUUAUUUUUCAGAUUUUUCUUGGGAUAAUUGAAGAAAUGAUUUAUCAAAAAUAAGUUGACUCAUCCUUAGAGUCUAUAUGACAAGGAGGGGGGUGGGUUAGGGUUUGUGUGAUUAAGCACCUGUCUUUGUGAUUGUUUGGGAUAAAGUAAUAUGAUCUGAUAUUAAACUAUUGUUUAAAUGGGGAAUAUUUUCACAGGCAUUAAAUGAAUGUACUCCAUUCUUUCACAGCUGCUUGUACAUGAGUUAAGGAUCAAUCAUACUGUUUUUUCAGUAUUUUUACUAAAAUGCAAAUUGCUGGUAAAGGUACUUAUUGUAGUGAUUGAUAGAUCACAGCUUUAAACAAAAUUGAUUGAUAAGGCUUUACUUCUAGUUUCUAUGCAGCUGUACUAGGGCUGUGUCUCUGUGUAGAGUGUACUCUCACUAUUGUAUCGUGUAGACUGUUAGGCAUGAGUGUGUUUGUUAUAGCAAGAUUACGCGAGUGUUUGCUGAGAAUUACUGGUUGUGUAGAACUACCAUGUAUAUCUAGCUUCCUGUUGUUAAUAUCUAGGACACAAUUUACUGUAUAUUACAUAUUCUUUGUCUGAUGCAGUGUCUAAGAUGUUAAGAUUUCACUGCUGGAUAUGACCUCCAAUAUUUAGAGCUAUAAAACUUUUGAUAAAA